GCCGCCGAGGCCGUCACCAUGCUCAGACGAGGUGCGGCGUUGAUGGUGGGCGUGCUGGUGUUGACGGUGGAGGCUUCGAGCGCCGCCAGCACCGGCCGCGCGGCUGGCUUGGGCAUCGGGCUGCCCUUCACCCUGCCCACCUGGCCGCCGUUACCCUUCCCGCACUUGGCGCCCUCGCCGGCCAACCCCGGCCAGCAGGGCCAGCAGGGCCAGCAGCAGCAGGGCCAGCAGCAGCAGGGCCACGUCGUGCCCGGCAACUUCACCGAGGAGGAGCUCGUCGACUCCAAGAAGACCGCUCGGUUGGAGGGCGGGACGUGCCAGACGGAGCAGUGCCAGAGCCACUGCAGGCAGAGGCUGCACGCCUCGGGGCGCUGCGACCAGGACCUGUGCGUGUGCAGGGACCUGAAGGCGCGGGGCCGGUGCCAGCAGUACGGCUACGGCUGCGGCAGCGACGCCGAGGAGGGCGGCGCCGGCCGCAACAUCGUCAACAACAAUAACAACAACAACGUGCUCGUCAUCCACUAGCCGCACACUGGUUCAGAAAACUGUUUCGGCUACUCCACCUGAGUCCGGGCGGGUCAAAUUCGCAUCACUGUUUGGAAAUUUUUGAACUUUAAUUCCGUAAGCGGUUGGAGAUUAAAAAGGAAGUUAUACAAGAUAA